CAUUACUACAUCAUUUGUGAUUUUUGUGUUAAGCUUGUUUAACGAAUUUUUUUCUUCGACUCGUUUUUUUUGCUCUCUCUCUCUAUUUCUAUCUUGUUUUUGUGUGUGUCCUCGAUUACAAUUUUAUUGCGUCGUAUUUUUUCAUCAUUCAAUCCAAUUUUAAACAAAUUCUUUUUGCUGUUUUGAAAUUUGCAAUUCUAUUAUCUCGAUAAUCAUGCAAAUCUUUGUGAAAACUUUGACCGGAAAAACCAUCACUUUGGAAGUGGAACCAUCGGAUACCAUCGAAAAUGUUAAGGCCAAGAUUCAGGAUAAAGAAGGUAUUCCACCAGAUCAGCAACGAUUGAUCUUUGCUGGAAAACAAUUGGAAGAUGGCCGUACAUUGUCCGAUUAUAACAUUCAAAAAGAAUCGACAUUGCAUUUGGUACUUCGUCUUCGUGGUGGUAUGCAAAUUUUCGUGAAAACUUUGACUGGUAAAACCAUUACAUUGGAAGUGGAACCAUCGGACACAAUCGAAAAUGUUAAGGCUAAAAUUCAAGAUAAAGAAGGUAUUCCACCAGAUCAGCAACGUUUGAUCUUUGCUGGCAAACAAUUAGAAGAUGGUCGAACUUUGUCCGAUUAUAAUAUUCAAAAAGAAUCUACAUUGCAUUUGGUAUUGCGUCUACGUGGUGGAAUGCAUUUUGUCAAAACAUUAACUGGUAAAACCAUUACAUUGGAAGUGGAACCAUCGGACACUAUUGAAAAUGUCAAAGCUAAAAUCCAAGAUAAAGAAGGUAUCCCACCAGACCAGCAACGAUUGAUCUUUGCCGGAAAGCAAUUGGAGGAUGGUCGAACUUUGUCCGAUUACAACAUUCAAAAAGAAUCCACCCUUCAUCUCGUAUUACGACUUCGUGGUGGUAUGCAAAUUUUUGUCAAAACCUUAACUGGUAAGACUAUUACAUUGGAAGUCGAACCAUCGGACACGAUUGAAAAUGUGAAAGCAAAAAUCCAAGAUAAAGAGGGUAUUCCACCAGAUCAGCAACGAUUGAUUUUUGCUGGUAAACAACUUGAAGAUGGCCGUACAUUAUCUGAUUAUAACAUCCAAAAGACUACUCUCCAUCUUGUCUUGCGUCUACGUGGUGGUAUGCAAAUUUUUGUCAAAACAUUGACCGGCAAAACCAUUACAUUGGAAGUCGAGCCAUCCGAUACCAUUGAAAAUGUGAAAGCUAAAAUCCAGGACAAAGAAGGAAUCCCACCAGAUCAACAACGUUUGAUCUUUGCCGGUAAACAGUUGGAAGAUGGCCGAACAUUGAGUGAUUAUAAUAUCCAAAAAGAAUCCACCCUCCAUCUUGUCUUACGUCUACGUGGUGGUAUGCAAAUUUUCGUCAAGACUUUGACUGGUAAAACAAUUACAUUGGAAGUUGAGCCAUCAGAUACAAUCGAAAAUGUGAAAGCCAAAAUUCAAGAUAAAGAAGGAAUCCCACCAGAUCAGCAGCGAUUGAUUUUUGCCGGUAAACAGUUGGAAGAUGGCCGAACCUUGAGUGAUUACAACAUCCAAAAAGAAUCCACUCUCCAUCUUGUGUUGCGUCUUCGUGGUGGUAUGCAAAUAUUCGUAAAAACUUUGACUGGUAAAACAAUCACCUUGGAAGUGGAACCAUCGGAUACCAUUGAAAAUGUAAAAGCUAAAAUUCAAGACAAAGAAGGUAUCCCACCAGAUCAGCAACGGUUGAUUUUUGCCGGUAAACAAUUGGAAGAUGGCCGUACUUUGUCCGAUUACAACAUUCAGAAGAAUCCACCCUCCAUCUUGUACUGCGACUUCGUGGUGGAAACUAAAAAUGAUAAUGGAUGUCAUCAAACCAUCUGUUAUUCGACAAAAAAAAUUAAAUUCCACUAUAUCAUUUCAUGAAAAAAUUUAAAUCCGAAAAUUGUAGUUUUACAGUCAAUGAAAAAAAAAUUAAAUUUAAUUUGUAGUAGUCAAAUUCUUUAUCUGUGUGUGUAAUUCCAUCAUACAUUAAACAUUCAUAAUUCAAUUCAA